CUUUGAGAUAAUUUCGUACUCGAAAGCGCAAUCAUAGCAGCCUACGAUCACACUCGACCCCGAAAGUCAUCUUGGAAAACAAUGAACUAUCUUCUGCACCGCCAGCGUACCCCGGGAGCGGUGAUUCCCAUUCCGGAAGAACUGAAGGAACUGAUGUACGAAAUCAGUCGAGAGGUUCUACGUGAGCAGCCUACGAACGUGAUCGAUUUCAUUGCCGACUACCUGGAAGCGAAAUUAAUCCGCCGAGAGAACCAGUUGGUAGCGAACAAGGUCGUAGAUAACGUGCUGGACAUAAGUUUGGACAUCAUUGAACUGCUGGAUGAGUUCAGUUUGGAUAAGGAAAGAGCGGAACAGGCGGUUGUAAUGAUACGGGAGGCAUUCCAUAAACACUUCCGAGUGCGAACUUCGGACGAGAAUUUGCGUGAGGCAUUCCGAGAGGCGGAGGUUUCCCAGCGAUUGAUUGAUGAAUGUGGAUUCACAGAGCAGCAAGCUUUGAAGGCCGGGAAGAUAAUAGAGAGGGCGUACAAAACUUACUACUUGAGAAACGUGUACAAGGAGUACCAUGGACCAGCGGUAACGAGCGAUUGGCAGGAUGCGGCGAAGCACACAUUGCAGAUCUACGAUGCUAGUGGAGCUACGAAAGAGGAAAUGGAACGGGCAGCGGUUCGAAUACAAGCGGCUUAUCGAGGUUAUUAUACGAAGAAACGCCAGGAGUUAGAUCAAAAAGCAGAAGUUAUACAGAAGGCUGUUCGUAAACAUCAAGGCAAUCAAGUGGUUGCCGGCGUGCUAGAGCAGAUAGUUGAGGAUGUGAUCCAGCCAAAGUUUUCCGGUCGCGAAGAGGUGAUGCGUAUCGUGGACAUGGUACUUAGAAGUGAGCCUAGCGCAACGGAAAGUGAGAGGAUACAAAUGAAUGCAGCAGCUACAAGAGUGCAAUCUGUUUUUCGAGGACGGCGCACCCGGAAAGAACUGUUAAAUCAAACUUUCGAAACCGAAGAACAACUUAUUUCAAAAAUCCAAAUGGACACCACGGCGGCGGACCACCCAGCGAGCAACAGCUCAAAGGAUGCGCUUGAAAAAGCAGCGACCAUUGCCCAGUCAGCUGCCCGAGGUCAUUUAACCCGUCGAAAGAUUCAACAGGAGAAAGCCGCCGUAAAGUUGCAGAGCUUGGCUCGAGGCCACCUCACACGGAAGAAACUGGUGCCGGAGCCGCAAAAGGACAAGUAAAGCUACAAAGCUGCCCUGCUUCGGUUAAUAAGUGCCCGUAGCGAAGGUCGUGGCAACUAACAACCAAAUUUUCAAUAGUUUUCCUGGAACACAUUACCUGGCGUAGAGUCUCACGCUCCAGAUGCUUGUAUGGCAAGCGAUAUUGACGCUACUUGUUUCGGUGUGAAGAAAAAUUUCGGCAUACCAGCAGCCAGCAGCGUUGAGAAUAAGAUUUAAUGCUCAAACUACAUAGUUAAUCGCAGGCACACAUCACCGGCUGCCGGUGGAAGCUGUCCAAUCUUUGCGUGAACAUUUAUAACCAGAGAUGACUACUAUAUUUUCUGUUUAAAUGCGUUACCAUCUCCCGAGAACUGAAAACUAAGAAACAUUCUGAUGGAAGCGUUGCCAACUUGUAUCA